AUGGCCACUGAUCGUUUGACCCGUGUUCACAGUCUCCGUGAGAGGCUUGAUGAAACCCUGUCUGCUAACAGGAACGAAAUUCUGGCCCUUCUGUCAAGGAUCGAAGCUAAGGGCAAGGGGAUCUUGCAACACCAUCAGGUCAUUGCUGAGUUUGAGGAAAUCCCUGAGGAGAGCAGACAGAAGCUUACUGAUGGCGCCUUUGGGGAAGUUUUGAGAUCUACUCAGGAAGCCAUAGUUUUGCCACCAUGGGUUGCUCUGGCUGUUCGUCCAAGGCCUGGUGUAUGGGAGUACCUGAGAGUGAACGUGCACGCUCUUGUUGUUGAGGUGUUGCAGCCUGCUGAAUACCUGCGCUUCAAGGAGGAACUUGUUGAUGGAAGUUCUAAUGGCAACUUUGUACUUGAGUUGGACUUUGAACCCUUUACCGCAUCCUUCCCCCGCCCAACUCUUAACAAGUCAAUUGGAAAUGGUGUGCAAUUCCUCAAUCGCCACCUUUCUGCCAAACUCUUCCAUGACAAGGAGAGCUUGCACCCACUUUUGGAAUUCCUCAGGCUUCACAGCGUCAAGGGAAAGACUUUGAUGUUGAAUGACAGAAUUCAAAACCCGGAUGCUCUUCAACAUGUUCUGAGGAAAGCUGAGGAGUAUCUGGGCACAGUGCCUCCUGAAACUCCCUACUCAGCAUUUGAGCACAAGUUCCAGGAGAUUGGUUUGGAGAGGGGGUGGGGUGACAACGCAGAGCGUGUCCUUGAGUCAAUUCAACUUCUGUUGGAUCUUCUUGAGGCCCCUGACCCGUGCACCCUUGAGACUUUCCUUGGAAGAAUCCCUAUGGUCUUUAAUGUUGUUAUUCUUUCUCCCCAUGGUUACUUUGCCCAAGAUAAUGUCUUGGGAUACCCUGACACUGGUGGCCAGGUUGUUUACAUCUUGGAUCAAGUUCGUGCUUUGGAGAAUGAGAUGCUCAAACGCAUUAAGCAACAAGGAUUGGACAUUGUUCCUCGUAUUCUCAUUAUCACCCGUCUUCUCCCAGAUGCAGUAGGUACUACUUGUGGCCAACGUCUUGAGAAGGUGUUUGGAACUGAGCACUCCCACAUUCUUCGAGUUCCCUUUAGAACUGAGAAGGGAAUUGUUCGCAAGUGGAUCUCCAGAUUCGAAGUCUGGCCCUACUUGGAAACUUACACCGAGGAUGUUGCUCAUGAGCUUGCCAAAGAGUUGCAAGGCAAGCCAGAUCUGAUCGUUGGAAACUACAGUGAUGGAAACAUUGUUGCCUCCUUGUUGGCACAUAAGUUAGGUGUCACUCAGUGUACCAUUGCUCAUGCACUCGAGAAGACCAAAUACCCUGAAUCCGACAUUUACUGGAAAAAAUUGGAAGAGAGAUACCACUUCUCUUGCCAAUUCACAGCUGAUCUAUUUGCCAUGAACCACACAGAUUUCAUUAUUACCAGUACAUUCCAAGAGAUUGCUGGAAGCAAGGACACUGUUGGACAGUACGAGUCUCACACAGCCUUCACCCUUCCUGGACUCUACCGAGUGGUGCAUGGUAUUGAUGUCUUCGAUCCAAAAUUCAACAUUGUCUCUCCCGGAGCUGAUCAAACCAUUUACUUCCCCCACACCGAAACUAGCCGUAGGUUGACCUCCUUCCACCCAGAGAUCGAAGAGCUUCUUUACAGCUCAGUCGAGAAUGAAGAACACAUAUGUGUGCUGAAGGACCGCACCAAGCCAAUUAUCUUCACCAUGGCAAGGUUGGACCGUGUGAAGAACAUCACAGGACUUGUUGAGUGGUAUGGUAAGAAUGCGAAGCUGAGGGAGUUGGUGAACCUUGUGGUUGUUGCUGGAGACAGGAGGAAGGAGUCGAAGGACUUGGAAGAGAAGGCGGAGAUGAAGAAGAUGUAUGGGCUAAUCGAGACGUACAAGUUGAACGGCCAAUUCAGAUGGAUCUCCUCUCAGAUGAACCGUGUGAGGAAUGGAGAGCUGUACCGUGUGAUCUGUGACACAAAGGGAGCCUUUGUGCAGCCUGCAGUGUAUGAGGCAUUUGGGUUGACAGUGGUUGAGGCCAUGACUUGUGGGUUGCCAACAUUUGCCACAUGCAAUGGUGGUCCUGCUGAGAUCAUUGUUCAUGGAAAAUCUGGCUUCCACAUUGACCCUUACCAUGGUGACCGUGCUGCUGACCUUCUUGUUGAUUUCUUUGAGAAAUGCAAGGUUGACCCAAGUCACUGGGACAACAUCUCUCAAGCUGGUCUCCAACGUAUUGAAGAGAAGUACACAUGGCAAAUUUACUCCGAGAGGCUUCUCACUCUCACUGGUGUCUAUGGUUUCUGGAAACAUGUUUCUAACCUUGACCGCCUUGAGAGUCGCCGCUAUCUUGAGAUGUUCUAUGCUCUCAAGUACCGCAAAUUGGCUGAGUCUGUGCCCCUUGCUGUUGAGUAG